UGAACACUUUGAACGAUCUUAUAAAUAACUUCCCUGCGGUUUGGCAACGCACGAGAGACGUUUCGCAGACAAGUGCCAUAAACAAGAGGGCGGCUGGCUCUGCACUGCACCAGAUACCUUGCCCCCUCCGGAGGAAAGGACUUCUGUGCUCUGAGAGCUCCUGGGCGUCCCGGCAGCAGUUUUGUUUCUGCAGAGUAAUGUCCGUGUGACCAAGAACCAUGUCCAGGUAUCUGAAGCACUUCACCAUUGUUGGAGAUGACCCUGCACAGUGGAGCAAUGACUACAGGAAAUGGGAGGAAGAGGAGAUGGUCGAGGAAGCGGGGGACAAGCAAGCAGAUUUGGCGAUUCCAGUGGAUCCCUCAGUCAGACAGCGUUCCUUCCAGGAUGUGAUGAAGAAGCUAUUCAGCUCCCACAGAUUUCAGAUACUGGUGGUUUGCCUGGUCAUUCUCGAUGCUCUGCUGGUGCUUGUCGAAUUGCUUCUGGACUUGAAAAUCAUCCACCCAGACAAAAAUCACAUAGCACCCAAGGUGUUUCACUACCUUAGUCUUGCUAUUUUAACCCUCUUCAUGGUGGAAAUUGGGUUUAAGUUAUUCAUCUAUCGCCUGGAGUUCUUUCACCACAAGUUUGAGGUCCUGGAUGGAAUAGUUGUCAUUAUUUCCUUUGUCCUCGACAUUGUCCUUCUGUUUCUGGAGCGGGAAUUUGAAGCGAUUGGACUAUUGAUACUUCUCAGACUGUGGCGAGUGGCGAGAAUUAUAAAUGGAAUAAUCUUAUCGGUAAAGACCCGCUCUGAACAACAAGUGGCCAAGGUGAAGCAAGAAAACCUGCAACUUACUACAAAGGUUGAACAACUUGAAUACAGUUGUGCUGAGAAGGAGCAAGAAAUUGAAAGGCUUAACAGACUCUUAAAGCAGCAUGGACUUAUCAGCCAACUGCAGUAGAAGUCCAGCUGUGGGAAAUCCUUCCAUGGAGGGAGUUCCAGUGCUGGAAACUGUGCUCGAUGCCCGUGGCUGACCUCUUCGAGAGAUCUUUCUAUACCUCUGUACCUCUUCAUUCCAUUUGUACAUUUUCUACUUAACCAAACCACUCUGAUUAAGUCUUUUGGGUGGUAAAAUAUGUUAUUAAGCAAUAGUCUUAAGCAGGUAAUUUUACAGUAGUUUACUGAAAAAUUAAACUUUCUCCAUGUAAAUCUACAUUCCAUUUGUUGUAGAGCUGUACAGUAAUGCUGUGCCACACCUUAUUAAAGUCAGAUCUUGACAAAG